CAGAUGUUUCCAAUUUUACUUGGGAAAGGGAUUCCAAUUUUUAACCUCCUCCCCCUUAUAAAUACACCUCCUUCUCCAAUUUCUUUUCUUCGUAAACAAGUUUUAGCAUCGCUUGCACUUCUUACGAUAAACCAAUCAGCAAAGCAAUAAGUACUUUAAUUUCUUGUGUUAUUUUUUUUUCCUGAAUUAGAAGAAAAAAAUAAUGAUGUCAAUAUUCAGUUCUUUUGACGUUCUCUCUGCUGAGAUAUUUGGCCUUAAGGUGAACCGCUCUUGGGCACCCAAUACUGAGAGGAAACAACAAGAACAAGGGGUUUCGCCUCUUGUAUCCGAUCGCAAGAACGAGGCUUCUCCGCCGUCAACCUCUUCAACCGGUGGACUGAAGAAGGCCGGAGAGGCGGCGACGCCGUCAUCUUCGCGACCACAGCAACAAAAGAGGCCGAGGUUUGCGCUGGAAUUGGACGGCGUUCACUGUUUCGAAACAAUCCUUCCCUAUUGAUUUUUUGCAUAAAUUCCGAAAGUGAAAUUCUUUAUUCUUGUCUCGCUGUAAUUAACCUGGCCAUGUUAUUCAUGUAACCGUAAAUUCCGAAGGUUGAUACAAUUUGUUAAAUCUGAUAUUCUUUAAUUUGAUUUA